AUGUCAGAUCUUAGCUUACUUUAUGAACAGAAUUAUCAAUCACUAUUUAUCGCUGCAAAAAACCAUCCAGAAAUGCCUCUAAAAAUACGAAAUCUAUUGAAACAAGUGGGUGAUGAACUCAUUCUUAAAAUUCAACUUGGUCGUAGACCUUUGAAAGGUAAAAAUCUUCUUUGUAAAAUGGCUAACUAUUUAACUAAUUCAAAAUUUACUGAUAAACAACUUGAACUUGGUUAUGAUGAAAUCUAUCACACUUAUUUACUUAUUACUAUUGAGAAUAAUCAUGGAUUCAAUGUACUACAACGUAUAAUUAAAAAUGCUCCACAAACUACAACUGGUAGAACAGUUCUUGUACUUGAGAAAGCAAUGCGUAUUGGACUCAGAUAUCCGAUUAUACCUGACGAAAUGAUCGAUCUCUACGAUAUUCCACUAACACCAAAUAAACCAUUAACACUCAAUCAAUUAAUUUCUACAGCGUUGCAUACUGGCAAAGAUUUUUUCAUAUAUGAUGCUGGUGAAAACAAUAUGUGUCAAACAUUUGUCGAACAUGUUAUUGAAUGUAAUGGUUUGAUGCCUAAUAUUGUUGAUCAAGCAACAUUGGAUGCUCUCAAAUCAAUGGAUGCUAAAGCAUUGAUUUCUACGCUAGGCAGUCGAUCUACUAUUGUUAAAGGAGCGACUGAUUUAGCUGCGAGUUGUCAUAAAUUAGUAUUUGAUAACAAGAUUAAAUUGAAAAAUUCCAAACCAAAAGAAUUCAUUUCAUUGCCUAAUGCCAAUAUCAUUCGUUCGAAAAGUACCAAUGCGAUUCUUCAGCUCGAAAAUAAUGUACGAUCGAGUUUUCAAGGUUAG